AUGCCUGUUGACACAAAACGUAUCCGUGGACCGGAGGAAUCGCAGUCCCCGCUGUUAUUUCUUUCUCCAGACAAAGCUCCCAAGGCCAGCAGCAGGCAAGGCGUCAGGGGGAAUGGAGAGGUGCGGCCGAUGUUUGCGCGUUGCGGGCUGAUCAGCCAGGCUAAGGGCUCCGCAUACCUCGAGGCUGGAAACACCAAGAUUAUAUGCUCGGUGUACGGGCCGAGAGAAAUCGAACGCAAGGACGAAACCGACAUGAAAACCGGUCGCCUUGUUUGCGACUUUAGGCUCGCGCCGUUUUCAUGUCUGAAACGGGGAGCCUGGAUCCAAGGCAGCGAGGAAAGAGAUCUGUCCCAGACUCUACUGGAGAGUUUGCAGCCCGGAGUUUGCCUACACAGGUACCCGCGCUCUCAGAUUGAGGUUAAUGUCAUGGUUCUGGAGAACGACGGCUCGAUCCUUGCGCAUGCGGUGACCUGCGCCUCUAUGGCCCUGGCGGAUGGCGGCAUUGAAAUGUAUGAUGUGGUGUUGGGAUGUACGCUGCGGCAGAAUGGAAAAACGUGUCUCGUUGACCCUUCAUACUCAGAGGAGUGUGGGAGCUGGCAGGAGGGUUACGGGGAGAACCAGGGAUGUGUCACCGUGGCUCUGCUUCCCAAUCUGAAUCAAGUGUCUGGUCUGACUGCGGACGGAGAGUUGCGGGAAGACGCGCUGGCCGAUGCUGUGAGAAGCUGCAUGGAUGGCUGUCACAAACUCUAUCCGGUGCUACAGCAAGCGCUGACGCGGGCUGUGAAGAAGAAAGCUCCUCCACCGGAAAUAGACUUUUACAUGCCACAAUCCUUACGUUUUGUUUUGAGGGAAAUAAAAGUGAAUAUAUUGUUUAUGUGCAUUGCUUAUACAUGCUUUCUACACUUAAAAGUGAAACAGCGUAGUAAUGAUGAAAUAAACGUAUCUGAAGUUGCAAAAAUAUUUGCUAUUACUCUUAACUCCACAAGUGCUGUUUACUGCUUAUGCAGUAGGUAUGCUUGCAAAUGUAUGACCCUGGGGCACAAAAUCAGUCGUAAGUGUUUUAUUACAUUAUCUGAACGCUGAAUGAAUAAGCUUACCAUUGAUGUAUGAUUUGUUAGUAUAAGAAAAUAUUUGGCUGAGUUACAACUAUUUGAAAAUCUCGAAUCUGAGGAUGCAAAAAAAUAAAAUUAAAAUCG